UAUAGAUCUUAGUUUCUGAGUUUUAUUGUUUAAAGAAAUUUGGAUAUUGAGUUUUACUCGUUAAUUUGUAUCUUCAUAGAUUUCUAUACACUUUUACCAUUUUUACAUUAGUUUUACUCAGAAAGUGAUAUUUUUUUACAUUAGGCUCUUGUGAUCUCAAAAUUAAGAUUCAGUAACUGUUAGUAAUCAGCUCGAUCUCUGAUUCUUUCCCAAAUGUGUGACAUGUUUUGGCAAAUUGUUGAAUUAUAAUUUAGAGUAUGUCGAAAUACGGAGAUGGCAUUGACAUGGACAUGUUGCCUAUCGUGUGUGACAACGGAACUGGAAUGGUCAAGGCGGGACUAGCUGGAGACGAUACACCAAGAGCUGUGGUUCCAUGCAUCGUUGGCCGUCCACGAGACAUGGGAGUGAUGGUUGGAAUGUCUCAGAAGCAGUCGUAUGUGGGAGACCAAGCUCAAGGCAAGAGAGGUAUUCUAACACUUGAAUACCCAAUCGAGCAUGGUAUCAUUAACAAUUGGGAUGCCAUGGAGAUGAUUUGGCACCAUACUUUCCACAAUGAGCUACGUGUGGCGCCUGAAGAACACCCUGUGCUUCUCACGGAAGCUCCUCUAAACCCAAAGGUCAAUCGAGAGAAGAUGACUGAAAUCAUGUUUGAGAUCUUUGAUGUUCCUAAAUUAUACGUUGCCAUACAAGCCGUUCUCUCCCUCCAUGCCACUGGUCGUACUACAGGUAUUGUGGUGGAUUCAGGAGAUGGCGUAAGCCAAAUAGUUCCCAUCCACGAAGGUUUCGCACUCUCACAGGCGAUCUUGCGUCUAGACCUAGCAGGCCGUGACAUAACAGACUACCUCGCCAAGAUCAUGAACGAACGUGGCUACGCGACAACCGCCGAGCGUGAGAUCUUAAGAGACAUCAAAGAGAAACUAGGUUACGUAGCUCUCGACCACGACCAAGAAAUGGAGAAAGCCACUGCGAGCUCAGCCAUCGAGAGAACCUACGAGCUUCCAGAUGGUCAAGUGAUCACGAUAGGAGCCGAGAGAUUCAGGUGUUCUGAGGUUCUUUUUAAGCCCUCCUUGGUCGACAUGGAAGCUUGUGGUAUCCAUGAGAUGGCUUACAAUUCAAUCAUGAAGUGUGAUGUUGACGUAAGGAAGGAUUUGUAUGGAGACAUUGUAUUGAGCGGUGGCACAACGACGUUCCCUGGGUUUGUUGACAGGAUGAGCAAAGAGAUAGUUGCGCUUGCACCUGCUAGCAUGAAGAUUAAACUAGUGGUUUCUCCUGCGAGGAAGAACAAUGUUUGGAUUGGAGGCUCCAUUUUGGCUUCUUUAGACAGUUUUCAACAGAUGUGGGUGACUAAGGCUGAGUAUGACGAAAAUGGACCGGGGAUUAUUCACAGAAAAUGCUUCUAAUUAUUAAGUUUGUUAGCGUUAAAUAAAUAUUUGUUCUGGUGAUAAUACUUUUUUCUUUA